GGAAUUCAGCGUGAGCACUCAACGGGACUAGCGCCUCUGCCUCUGCCUUGGCGUACAUCGGCUGCACCUGCACUGCAUCCUGGGCGGCCGCGAGCUCGAGAUUUUGGAAAACGAGCCACCAGAACAGCACGCAACCCGCACCAUGAUAAUACGAGGCAUUGCAGCCCGCAGCUGCCCCCGCGCGCUUGCACCCAGCGCCUCACGACCGCUGCGACGAUUUCUUUCCACAGAGGCCGAGUCGAUCGAUGCAUCUGCUCAGAACAACCUGAAGCCGCUGCAAACUCUCCAAGCCGAGCUCUCACCCCAGGCCCCUCAACCAGCGCCCUCGCUCGAGCCCGGAUCAUCCAACGCGGCGUCUUCUUCGUCGACCAUCGGCAAUGUCGCAGAGCAGUACUACCUGUACAAGCAGCAGGCGAAGCAGAUGGGCAAGCUGGGAUCCGACAUCAGCCCACACUACCAGCCACACACCCUCCUGAAUCACCCCCCCUCGCCCGCCGACGUUACCCUCGAGCUUCUGCUUGCCUCCGAGGCCCACCAGGGCCACGUUACCUCGCUCUGGAACCCCGCAAACGCCCGCUACAUCCACGGCAUAAGACAGGGCAUCCACAUCAUCUCACUCGAAGUCACGGCCGCACACCUGCGACGAGCCGCCAAGGUGGUACAGGAGGUGGCGAGACGAGGAGGCAUGGUGCUCUUCGUUGGCACACGCGAUGGCCAAGACAGGGCUGUGGCGCGCGCUGCUGAGCUAGCCAAGGGCUACCAUCUGUUUGAGCGCUGGAUCCCGGGAAGCAUUACCAACGGCCAGCAGAUUCUGGGUCGCUGUGAGACAAAGGUAGUCAACGAGUUCGAUGAGCCUGUGGCGGGCUUCGAGGAGCAGCUCUACGACAGGCCCGUGCUGCGACCAGACCUCGUGGUCUGCAUGAACCCCCUCGAGAACUACGUUCUACUGCACGAAUGCGCUUUGAACAACAUCCCCACAAUAGGUGUGAUUGAUACCAACGCCGAUCCUACCUGGGUCACGUAUCCCAUUCCGGCAAACGACGACAGUCUCCGCUGCAUCCAAGUCAUUGCUGGUGUUCUAGGCCGAGCCGGUGAAGCAGGCCAAAAACAGCGUCUCGCCGCUGCCGCCCGUGGCGAGAUCACCUAUCGACCGGCGACAGACCUAGUUCUCCCCGAGUCAGAAGAAGUCGACAGCCCUGAGAUGGAGUCGCAACCCAGAUCCUCAAGAGACGACUCGCCGCGGAAGGCCCGAAACGCUGCUGUCGACCUCACGGGCGAGAGCCUUGGGAACGUAGAUGAGAUGGCCACGAAGCUGGACGAGGUGAACAGCCAUGAGAGUCAUCGGACUAGAGGUGGGAGAGAUAUCAAGGUCUCUUCAUAAAAAUCUUGUAUGGGACGAUUUAAUAUUAGUUGCUAUAUACAUUUUGAGAACAAUCCGGGCGGCGCCGGACUCUGAGAAGCUCUAGAAACCAUACUAUGCCAUGCCAUGCCAUGUCAUGUCAACCUCACACGCCGGCAAACAGGUCUAAUACAAGCGAUCAAAACCAAGGUGCCAAUCUGCACAUUAUCAAAAGUGUGCUGCACAAUGGCCUAGUCGAGGUCAUCCGCACUAGUCGACACCCUCGCAGGAGCGACAAGACUCUCCUUGUUUGCCUCAGCGUAAAAGUCGAGUUUCCCGCCGUCUUGAAUAACGCCGAUGCGAUCGUAGAGCGUGCGCGCCCUCACGUACGGGUCUAAUUUCCAGUAGUUUUGCCUCAGCUCCUCGGCCAACGAGUCC